UAUCUCUGACUGAGGUAAACUCAUUCAGUCCUUCAGUGCCAAUAUCUCCCUCAUCAAUGAUAAAUCAGUAUAAAUUUGAAGAUGGGCCAGAAUUAAGAGAUCUGUUCAUUACAGUUGAUGAUCCUGAAAGCCACAUUACAGCCAUUGAAACAUUUAUUACAUACAGAGUAGUCACAAAGACAACCCGUGGUGAAUUUGACUCCAGUGAAUAUGAAGUUCGAAGACGAUACCAGGAUUUCCUUUGGUUGAAGAGCAAACUUGAAGAAGCACAUCCAACACUGAUUAUUCCUCCAUUGCCUGAGAAAUUCAUAAUGAGGGGAAUGGUGGAACGAUUUAGUGAUGAAUUCAUUGAGACUCGAAGAAAAGCUUUACAUAAAUUUUUGAACCGUAUUGCUGAUCAUCCAACUUUAACUUUUAAUGAGGACUUCAAAAUUUUCCUUACUGCACAAGCCUGGGAACUCUCCUCACACAAGAAGCAGGGUCCUGGUUUGCUGAGCAGGAUGGGACAGACUGUCAGAGCUGUAGCAUCCUCAGUAAGAGGAGCAGUUAAAAAUCGUCCUGAAAUGUUUACAGAAAUGAACAAUUACAUGGAAACAUUUAGUCAGAAAAUUAACGUACUAGAUAAAAUAGCUCAUAGGAUUUACAAGGAAGAAAGGGACUAUUUUAAUGAAAUGAAGGAGUAUGGCCCCAUCCACACGCUGUGGUCAGCAUCAGAAGAAGACAUUGCAGACUCCCUGAAGGGCAUUGCCAGCUGCAUCGAGCGCUGCUGCAGGGCUACGGAGAGGAGGAUGGCAGGGCUCUCAGAGCACCUGCUGCCCAUCUUACAUGAGUAUGUUCUCUACAGUGAAAUUCUCAUGAACAGCUGGGAACUUCCAGUCCCUGCACCAUUAUAUAACCAUGUGUUAGUCUUUGCCAUAAGCUACUGCUUUCAGUUCCCUUUCUGUAUGUAUUUUUCUUACACUUGGAGAGGAUGUAAAAAAUCAGACUCCAGAGUUGAUAUAGUCAGUGCUGGUGGAUAAUCAGCAUAAUUAAGUAACUGAAUUCAGUAUGUCAUAAUUCCCACUUUGCUGCCUACAGAAAGCAGAACCUGUGUACAAACCCAUCUUUGUCUAGGUUUUGAGCAAUGCCAGCUGCAGAAUCUGUUUUUGUGUUACUGCUGGGAACCCAGCUCCUGCUGCAGUGGUUUCUGGGUAGGGGCUGCAAGAGUCUCACAGGCCACAGGCAGAGCAAGACCCAAGUUAACUGAGCCUUUGGUGGUGGUGCUCUGCAGGGUAUUACCACUUUCUCAGCAAGGCUUAGCUACUGAGAGU